GAUUUUACUUUGGAACAGGGUCAGGUCAGGGUCAGGUCAGAGGAAGUAUCUCCGUGCAAAGUACAGCAACAUCAGAACAACUCCAACUGCACAAACGAAAUAUUGAACAAACGCCAUAUUAUAUUCCUAUCCGGGUAAAAAGACUGGUACCGAUGGGGGUCACCUAAAACCGUGUGCACCUUGGUCAGAGGUCGCAGCAGCACACCCCCACCCAAGUUCGGUGGGAGUACCCCCCGGGUGCCAUGUGGUGUGAUGCAUGACCUCAACAUGGCGGACGAAGCCCUCUCUCCGGAAGAAGCAGAGCAAUACUUAGCUCGUAUUCACUUCAAUGGCCCCAAAGAACCAACAAUUGAUGUCUUAUCUAAACUGCAACAAUGCCAUAUGCUAUCAGUACCUUUUGAAAACCUCAGUGUUUAUGGAAAAGAGAAAAUAUUUCCCACUAAAGAUUGGUUGUUCGACAAGAUCGUUCGAAGGCAUCGAGGCGGGUUUUGCUACGAGCUUAACACGUUGUAUUCAUUCCUUCUCGAUUAUUUUGGAUUCAAUUACAAGUCUUGUAGUAGUCAAGUGUUCGCAAUGGAUACAGGGGAAUUUGGUCCACCGUUUGAUCACAAGACUUUAGUCGUGAACAUCGAAGGAAAACACUGGCUCUCGGACGUUGGGUUUGGAGACUUCAGUAUGACCCCUCUGCUCGUCACAGACCUGGGAGAAGAACAGCAUCUACAAUCAGGAAUUUAUCGCAUUAGGAAAGAUGGAGACGUCUGCAUCCUCGACGAGAAAUACAAGGUUAUCGUUGAUGAAUCCGGGCAAGAAAAAUUKGCAGAAAGGAAGUUCUGUUGCCCUGGUGAUCCUGGUUGGAAACCAAAAUACCAAUUUGAUUUGUUGACAGAAGUGACUACUCCAGACUUCAAUGAAUUGUUAGAAUAUCACCAGACGAACCCAGAAUCACCGUUUACUCACGAUCGUAUUUGCACAAUCGCUAAACCAUGGGGAAGAUUAACCCUGACCGGCAAUAAACUCACAACAACAACAUACUUAGGGAAUAAUAGAGUCAAAAAAGAAUCAAAAGAACUCUCUGAAGAAGAAGAAAUUGUGAAAGAACUUGAAGACAAAUUUGGGAUUAAAAGAAAUUGUUAAUAUUAUGGGUUACCUGUGGUAUCCAUCCCCCGCCGAUGCAAGGGCGGGCUUUUGUCGUUCACAGUAUAUAGUCACAUAAUCAAUCUUAGUGAAAGGACUUCUCGUCUGUAAUACGUGAAAUUAUAGAGAAUUCAAUUUAAAAAAUCAGAAUUCAAUUUAAUUUAAUCUGUUAAAUCUAAAUUUAUUCAUAAACUUCGUACAUAAGUACAAUUACUAUUAUAAAUUUAAGAAAAAGUCACACAACUUGUAACUUGAUUUCUACUCUUUAUUGAACAUCCGGGGAUCGUAUAUAAAUACCGUAUAGUCACUGUAAUAGUCACAGCCUGAUGAUGGUUCUCAAAUAAAACCGAAAUAUAUCAA